AUGUUCAGCAGCAACAAGAUCUUCGCCGUGUGCAUCGCCGUCGUGGUGUUAUCCAGUGGCAUACACGCUGAGAAGGAAGUCGCCGAGACGUUUGGCCGUUACCACAACCAUGGCUUGGGUGUGGUUGUUGGCGGCGGUGUCGGUGGAGGUGUUGGUGUCAGAGGCGGUGUCGGUGUUGGCGGAGGUGUCGGUGUUGGCGGUGGUGUUGGCGUCGGUGUCGGCGGCGGUGUCAGAGGCGGUGUUGGUGUAAACACCGGUGUCAACGGUGGUAUCGGUGGUGGUGUUGGCGUCGGUGUCGGCGGGGGUGUCAGAGGCGGUGUCGGUGUUGGCGGAGGUGUCGGUGUUGGCGGAGGUGUCGGUGUUGGCGGUGGUGUAAGUGGCGGUGUCGGUGUCAAUGGUGGUGUCGGUGUUGGCGGGGGUGUCGGUGUCGGCGGCGGUGUCAGAGGCGGUGUCGGUGUUGGCGGAGGUGUCGGUGUUGGCGGUGGUGUAAGUGGCGGUGUCGGCGGUGGUGUUGGCGUCGGUGUCGGCGGCGGUGUCAGAGGCGGUAUUGGUGUAAACACCGGUGUCAACGGUGGUAUCGGUGGUGGUGUUGGCGUCGGUGUCGGCGGGGGUGUCAGAGGCGGUGUCGGUGUUGGCGGGGGUGUCGGUGUCGGCGGCGGUGUCAGAGGUGGUGUCGGUGUUGGCGGAGGUGUCGGUGUUGGCGGAGGUGUCGGUGUUGGCGGUGGUGUAAGUGGCGGUGUCGGCGGUGGUGUUGGCGUCGGUGUCGGCGGCGGUGUCAGAGGCGGUGUUGGUGUAAACACCGGUGUCAACGGUGGUAUCGGUGGUGGUGUUGGCGUCGGUGUCGGCGGGGGUGUCAGAGGCGGUGUCGGUGUUGGCGGUGGUGUAAGUGGCGGUGUCGGUGUCAAUGGUGGUGUCGGUGUUGGCGGGGGUGUCGGUGUUGGCGGUGGUGUAAGUGGCGGUGUCGGCGGUGGUGUUGGCGUCGGUGUCGGCGGCGGUGUCAGAGGCGGUGUUGGUGUAAACACCGGUGUCAACGGUGGUAUCGGUGGUGGUGUUGGCGUCGGUGUCGGUGUUGGCGGAGGUGUCGGUGUUGGCGGUGGUGUAAGUGGCGGUGUCGGUGUCAAUGGUGGUGUCGGUGUCGGCGGCGGUGUCAGAGGCGGUGUUGGUGUAAACACCGGUGUCAACGUUGGUAUCGGUGGUGGUGUUGGCGUCGGUGUCGGCAGGGGUGUCAGAGGCGGUGUCGGUGUUGGCGGAGGUGUCGGUGUUGGCGGUGGUGUAAGUGGAGGUGUCGGUGUCAAUGGUGGUGCCGGUGUUGGCGUCGGUGUCGGUGUCGGCGGGGGUGUCAGAGGCGGUGUCGGUGUUGGCGGAGGAGUCGGUGUUGGCGGUGGUGUAAGUGGCGGUGUCGGUGUCAAUGGUGGUGUCGGUGUUGGCGUCGGUGUCGGUGUCGGCGGCGGUGUCAGAGGUGGUGUCGGUGUUGGCGGAGGUGUCGGUGUUGGUGGCGGGGUCGGCGGUGGUGUAAGUGGCGGUGUCGGCGGUGGUAUUGGCGUCGGUGUCGGCGGCGGUGUCAGAGGCGGUGUUGGUGUAAACACCGGUGUCAACGGUGGUAUCGGUGGUGGUGUUGGCGUCGGUGUCGGUGUUGGCGGAGGUGUCGGUGUUGGCGGUGGUGUAAGUGGCGGUGUUGGUGUAAACACCGGUGUCAACGGUGGUAUCGGUGGUGGUGUUGGCGUCGGUGUCGGUGUUGGCGGAGGUGUCGGUGUUGGCGGUGGUGUAAGUGGCGGUGUCGGUGUCAAUGGUGGUGUCGGUGUUGGCGGGGGUGUCGGUGUUGGCGGGGGUGUCGGUGUCGGCGGCGGUGUCAGAGGCGGUGUCGGUGUUGGCGGAGGUGUCGGUGUUGGCGGUGGUGUAAGUGGCGGUGUCGGCGGUGGUGUUGGCGUCGGUGUCGGUGUCAGAGGCGGUGUUGGUGUUGGCGGAGGUGUCGGUGUUGGCGGAGGUGUCGGUGUUGGUGGCGGGGUCGGAUAUCCAGGUGCGUCGACUGGUGGUGCAGCGGCUGCGUCGACUGGUGGUGCAGCGGCUGCGUCGGCAAGCGCCACAGCGAGUGCUUCUGCGAACACUAGAGCUGGAGAUGGAGCCACGUACCGCAAGCUUCGCUCGGCGGCGUAA